AUGGUCUCGCGGGCUCUGCGAGCACUGUCCUUGGAGGCCAACAAACUGCCUUCGUUUGAACCACUCUCAGACGUGGCUAAGAAAGAAAAAGCUCGUCUUAGAUUUGCAGAGAAUGCUGUUCAUCUCAUUCCUUUUGUGAUCUUUCUAUGUGUUUUUACUCUUUGGUUCUUUUCUAAUUCAGAUGUUGAUGUUUCAAAGCAAAGAGAUCCAAUUGCUUCAAAAAAUGAAGGACUGGGACUUGAAGGGGAAACUGAUACGGACGGGACUCAAUUAGGGCUUUUAGCAGGUACUGGGAUGGUGGAUUUGAAUCUAUCAAACCAAGUUCGAGAUGACAAAAGUUCACGUUCAGAGAUGAAAUCUUCAUGA